AUGCGUCGGGAGAUCUCAAUGUUGAUUCAACCGCGGUGCAUCUUGAUCUUCUUGGUCGCUUUAGUUCUGUUUUUUCUCGGUUCAUCCUUCUUUCGACCGGAGGAAGCUAAAGUGGAAGAGGCUUGGGAAAUCACCAAUAAAGUAUUUUUAGAUGUUGACAUAGACAAACAACACCUAGGAAGAAUCACAAUUGGUUUAUAUGGUCAAGUUGUACCAAAGACUGUGGAGAACUUCAGGGCUUUGUGCACAGGGGAGAUGGGAAAGGAUGCUAAUGGAGUAGUUCUCCACUACAAGGGAACACCAUUUCAUCGUAUUAUACCUGGAUUCAUGGUACAAGGUGGAGAUAUCGUCUAUAGAGAUGGGAGAGGGAAUCAGUCUAUAUACGGAGGCACCUUUCAUGAUGAGAAUUUCAAGCUGAAGCAUUCACAUCCUGGUGUUGUUUCCAUGGUGAAUUCGGGACCUGAUUCCAAUGGUUCACAAUUUUUUAUUACCACAGUGAAGACCAGCUGGUUGGACGGUGAGCAUGUCGUUUUUGGCAGUGUCAUUGAAGGCAUGGAUACUGUGUAUGCCAUCGAGGGUGGAGCUGGAACCUACAGUGGGAAGCCUAGAAAAAAAGUACUUAUUGCUGAUUCUGGGGAGAUACCGAAGAGCAAGUGGGAUGAGGACAGUCGAGCUUCAUGA